UAGAAAUAUGCCCUAUAAAUAUGAUUUUAAAGCCAGUUUCUGCAGAGUGUAGACGUAGAGAGACAACAAGUAGCAAUAAUGAAGGGAUUUGUUUUGGUCGGUUUAUUAAUCGUGGCAGUAAAUGCAUCUCUUAUCGAGAAGCACCAGGCUUUAUUCGAAACCUUUAAGGUAGAAAAUGGAAAAAGUUAUAGAAAUCAAGUGGAAGAAGUACAACGUUUUAACAUCUUUAGUGCCAAUGUUUUGGAAAUUGAACAACACAACGCCCUUUAUGAACAAGGACUCGUAUCUUACAAAAAAGCCAUAAAUCAGUUUACUGACUUGACCCAAGAAGAAUUCAAGGCUUACCUUGGACUUCAUGUCAAACCAGUCUUAAACAAUACUAUUCAAUACGAGUUAAAAGGACUCGAAGUGCCAACUUCAGUUGACUGGAGAUCUGCUGGACAAGUAACUGGUGUGAAAAAUCAAGGAAGCUGUGGAUCGUGCUGGUCCUUUGCUCUUACUGGUUCCACUGAAGGAGCUUAUUACCGUAAGCACAAACAACUUGUAUCCUUAUCUGAGCAACAGUUGGUAGACUGCUCCACUAGCAUUAAUUAUGGAUGCAACGGUGGAUUCUUAGAUGCCACUUUCCCAUACAUUGAACAAUAUGGUCUUCAAACUGAAUCCAGUUAUCCAUACACUGGUGUUGAUGGCUCAUGCAAAUACGACUCUUCGAAAGUUGUCACCAAAAUAAGCAACUACGUCUCGCUCCAUGGAUCCGAAUCCAAAGUUCUGGAAGCCGUUGGUAGUAUUGGUCCAGUUGCUAUUACCAUGGAUGCCAGUUAUCUUUCUUCUUAUUCAAGCGGGAUCUAUGCCGACAAUAAAUGCACAACAACAAACUUGAACCACGCCGUCUUGGUUGUAGGAUAUGGUAGCCAGAAUGGACAGAACUACUGGAUCGUCAAAAACUCCUGGGGCUCUGGCUGGGGUGAACAGGGUUAUUUUAGAUUGCUCCGUGGAAGCAACGAGUGCGGAUGUGCUCAGGAUCCAGUUUAUCCAAAUAUUAACUAAAUAUAAUUUGUGUUGUAUUGUAUAGCUUUUUAUUGCAAAUAUACAUUGUUUGUUUGAUUUUUAGAUAAAA